AGAAGUGUAGAAGUGAAAAUUUCGAGUCCUGCAGAAAAUUUGUGAAAAUUCUGUGCAAAAGGCCAAUUUUUGGCUGGAAAUAGUGUUACGAUGAUAAAAAAUAUGCCUGGGCCCGGACUCAAUGGCCCAAACGCAACGAGAGUUCGAUUACGCUAGGAAAAUUCCAUGUGGAAAAUUUGGGAGUGUAGAACGGUCUUUGCAAAGCUGAAAAUUUCCGUUCCCAUUCAAAGUGUAGUGUGAAAAUUUCCAACAUCAGGUUGAUUCCUUCAACGGAACCAAAAUGCGGAGGAAAAAAUGCUAGUGUCGAUGGAAAAACGUCAUGGAUCACUUUUGAAUAAAGUUGGGUUCCUGCAAGGCCACAUCCUGCGAGCUAGAUUCUUGCAGAAAAUUGGCACCUCGAGCGAAAAGUGAACAAACGUGUAGGCUGGGAAGGCUUUUCUGGUGGCACAGGCCAAGAACAGGAGUGAGUGUGACCCUUGAGAAGUACAAAAGCAAAUAGGCAAGAAGAAAGGUGAUACCCAACAAAUUGCCCCCGUUUCCAUUUUCCAGCGCUUGUUGGCAGCACUUGUAAAAAGGAAAAUAGAUCAUUAUCAAGUACCACCGAAGAUUUUAGUGCUGUAAGGUUAAAAGAUACAUAAGCAGAAAAAUAGAAAUUUAGCUUUAACGCGACUGAGUGCACAACAGUACGAAUUAAGUGAAGUGUAAACGUAAAAUGCCGCAACUAAAUUGAGUUUACAAGCACACAGACUAACGGAAAGAAAAACUAAUUUUGAAGAUCGCUCUUCUGGCAUAAUUCAUCAGCAAUAACAAUUUGGGAAUUUCUAUGAGCACGCUCGUAAAACUACUUCAACUAAUCCAACAAAACCUAAAUUCAAGCGAAUUUACAACAGGGAUUCAGUGUAUCUUAAACUCAUGCAUUGACACCAUCCUAUUGGUAAAGUGUUCGAAGUUGACGGAAAAAUAGCUUUUCAUACUGGUGCUCGAUAGCAAAAACAGGUUUUGCGGUACAACGUUUAGCAAUUUAUAUGACGUACGUAUGGUCGAAAAUUCCCACUCCGUUAACUGUAGUGCAGACCGCGGAUUACUCGCGGCAUAUUAUGUCUCGUGAAGCCUACAACUCAGGUCAAGCAGUAGAUACAGGCACUAGAAGUCCCGGUCGCCCAAGCAGACGCUUAACCGAACUACCAACCGUCGAUAAAUCGCCUUCGAGAGACUACGGAGCACGAGGAAGUCCUUUAGCAAACGCAGCAGCCAUGGGUAGUCCCUACUACAGAGAUAUGGAUGAACCGAUCAGCCCAGCCGGAGGUGGCCAUCACCGGAGUCGCAGCGCGACACGUGCCCCCACGCAUUCAAUGGAUUACCCACGCGAACAACUUCGAACCCGCUAUCAAUCGUUAGACAGAGGACUCGUUGAUCCGCAUGAUCGUGAAUUUAUUCCCAUCCGUGAACCACGUGAUCGAUCUCGUGACCGCUCGCUUGAACGAGGAUUGUACCUGGAGGAAGAACUUUAUGGGCGUCCAGCCAGACAAAGCAUGCCUGACCGGGGUUACCUAGGCGACCUUCAGGUCCAAAACAGUGAUCUACAGCGGGAAUUGGGCAAUUUGAAGAAAGAGUUGGAGCUGACGAAUCAAAAGCUUGGCAGCUCCAUGCAUAGUAUCAAAACCUUUUGGUCACCCGAGCUGAAAAAGGAACGCGCCCUUCGGAAGGAAGAGAGUGCCAAAUAUAGUCUUAUAAAUGACCAGUUGAAACUUCUAAACAGUGAGAAUCAGAAACAAGCAAUGCUUGUUCGUCAGCUUGAAGAGGAGUUGCGCUUGAGAAUGCGUGCACCCAGCAUUGAGAUGCAACAGCAGAUGGAAGCCCUCUACGCAGAGAACGAACAUCUGCAACGUGAAAUUUCUAUUCUUCGAGAUACCAUCAAGGAGCUCGAGCUACGGAUAGAAACGCAGAAACAGACUCUGCAAGCCCGCGAUGAAAGCAUCAAAAAACUGCUGGAGAUGUUGCAAAACAAAGGAAUGGGCAAAGAGGAAGAACGCCAAAUGUUUCAACAAAUGCAAGCGAUGGCUCAGAAGCAGCUGGAUGACUUUAGGCUAGAGAUCCAACGCCGUGACCAGGAGAUAAUGGCAAUGGCAGCCAAAAUGAAAACACUCGAGGAGCAGCAUCAGGACUAUCAGCGCCAUAUUGCCGUGCUGAAGGAAUCGCUGUGUGCCAAGGAAGAGCACUACAAUAUGCUGCAGGCCGAUUUACUGGAACGUAAAAUGGUUGAAGAGCUCCGCAACCGUCUUGAGGAGAAGAACCGUAUGAUCGAGAAAAAGACCCAAAACGCAAUGCAAUCCAGUCAGGAAAAGAAUCGCAUUCAAACUGAACUGACGGAGUUAAAAGAACACAUGGACAUCAAGGACCGCAAAAUAAACGUUCUACAACGAAAGAUUGAAAAUUUAGAGGAUUUACUGAAGGAAAAAGAUAAUCAAGUGGAUAUGGCACGAGCUCGUUUGACAGCCAUGCAAGCACAUCAUUGUAGUUCCGAAGGGGCAUUAACUAGUCUCGAAGAAGCUAUUGGCGACAAAGAGAAGCAAAUGCAGCAGCUAAGAGAUCAACGCGAUCGAGCAGAAUCUGAAAAGAAGGAAGAACGCGAACUUCACGAACGCGAGCUUGCAGAAUACAAAAUGAAACUUCACGCUCUUGAUAGUGAGGUUGAAAAAUUAACGACACGUCUGCAUCGUGCCCUCAACGAGAAAGAUCGACUUGAAUCGAAGCUGGAGUGUUCUCAGAGUGAGCUAGGCAAGUCGAAGGCUGAACUCGAUAAGGCAGCUAACGACGUUGGACGAAGCGGAAUGGAUUGGGAAAAUGCCAAGCAGAGAAUUGCUCGUUUGGAACUUGAAAACGAACGUUUGAGAACUGAACUCGAACGUCCACAGACGUCAUACGGAAGAUCACCACUCACGACUUCUCAAGAGCUAGACCGGGCUACAGAACGUGCGGACAAAACUUCUGCAGAGUUACGUAGAACUCAAACAGAGCUUCGAGUCACUCAAGAACAGACAGUAGACAGUUUUUCCGAUGCCGAAAGAGCAAGAGCCGAAGCUGCAGCCUUGCAAGAAAAAUUAGAAAAGAGUCAAGGCGAGGUUUAUAGACUCAAAGCUAAACUUGAAAACGCACAAGGUGAACAAGAGAGCAUAAAACAGGAAAUGGAAAGAAGUCAAACCGGCAUACAACGAAUUGUUAGUGAAAGGGAUAAGGCAUAUGGUGAGUUAGACAAAGUUCGCGAGGAGAUGGAACGAACUCAAGCUACACUUGGUAAGUCACAGCUACAGCAAGAAAAAAUACAGAAUUUACUGGAUAAAGCACAAAACGAAGUCGACCACUUGCAAGAAAAAUUGGAUAAGAGCAUUGCCGAAGCUCGACGGCUACAACUCGAGAAGGAAAAGAUCAACUAUGAAUUCGAGAACGUGCAAUCACAACUCGACAAACAACUGGGACAGUCAUCUCGUGUUCAGAAAGAAAAAGAAGCCGUCCAACUGGAACUUGAACGCUUCCGCGACAAAGCCGAAAAAUUGCAAAAUGCAAUGGGUCGUCUGCAGAAGGAACGCGAUGUUCUGUUCGAUGAAGUUGAGAAACUUAAAGAAAAAUCAGAAUCAUCACAAAGCAGCGUAUUGAAAUGCCAGCGUGAGAGAGACGCCAUCCAAACCGAAUUGGAGGUUGUCAAAGAGCGCUGGGAGAAAGCACACCAAAUACACCAGAAACUGCAGAUGGAACGGGAUGAUGCCGUCACUGAAAUUGAUAUUUUAAAAGAAAAACUGGAUAAAUCGCUUUACGCUAGCCAGAAAUUGAUCGACGAAAAAGACAAUUCCACAAAAGAAUUUGAAAAAAUGCUGGAAAAGUACGACCGAGCUCAAAACGAAAUCUAUCGACUCCAAUCGAGGUGCGACACAGCCGAAGCAGAUCGUAAUCGUCUGGAGGUGGAGGCCGAAAGGUCGGCAUUAGCUGCAGCAAAAGCAAAAGAAGAUUUACGGAAACUGCAAGAAGAAACAACACGCCUGCAGGAAGCUUGUGAUCGAGCAGCAAUGCAGCUUGGUAGGUCCAAAGAACUCGAGGACAAAGCUAAAGAAGAUGUUGAAUUGCUCCGGGAACGUCUGGAUAAAAUUCAGGCCGAUCUUCGAAGAACCCAAUCUGAAAAGGAAAAUAUGCACACAGAAAUGGAACGGGUUUCAUAUGAAUUGGAUCGUGCUCAUAAUAGCUAUACCAAACAGGCUGCAUCACUAGAAGCUGCACAAGAAGAGGCUGCGAGGUAUUGUAUAGAAAUAGAGAAAAUGAGGGACCGGCAUGAGAAGACUUCCGCCGAAUUACGACGCUUACAAGAAAAUGAAUCCUUCUCUAGAGAAUCCCGGCGCCUUAAAGAGGAAAAUGACCGAAUCCGCGAGAAAUAUGACAAGAUGCUUAUGGAACUUGAAACUAUCCGAAGCAAAUCGCAAUACGAAGAAGAAUCACUUGAAAAGUACAAAACGAAGUUUGAAGCUCGAGAAAACGAGUUUCAAACUAUGGAACUUAAGCUACAUGAGGCUACCCUACAACUGGAUCUAGCUCGCCAAGAAGUUCAAAAACUUAUUGCUAAUCAAGAUAAGCAACGUUCCGAAGCAGAACGUGCACAUAUUGAAUACGAGAAGAUACGUGAUAAGCACGAAAAGCUUCUCAAGGAAGUUGAAAGAUUGCGACAGAAUCCUGGUUCAGCAGUUAGUCCAGGAGCACUAGCAGCUGCUUCAGUUGGUAUGGGUGAUAAGAAUGAAAUUGACAGAUUGCGAGAUCGAUUAGAAAAGGCCCUACAGAGUCGAGAUGCUACCGAAAUGGAAGCAGGCCGCCUUGCCAAAGAACUUGAAAAGGCUCAACUGCACUUGACGAAGCAACAAGAAGCAUAUGAAGCAACACGCAUAGAGUUUGAGCGUAUGAAUGCUGAAUUGACACGAGUUCUAGAGCGAUUAGAAAAAUCCGAAGCCGAAAAAGAAACUCUGCGGCAGUCUACCAAAAUCUACGAAAAGCAUCAUCAGCAACAUCAACAUGCUUCUAGUAAUCAUAUCGAACAAAACAUCAUGAAGAUAGAAGCUGAUAACAAACAGCUCAUGGCUGAAAGGGAUCAGCUUGUUAUGCAACUCGAAAAAAGUCAGGACAUGUUGAUGAGUUUCCAGCAAGAACUUAACGCUGCCGAAAUGGAACUGCAAAGACAAUGUGAAGAGAACAGGCGUCUUAAGAAUUCCCCUCAGGGAGUUCAUGGACAAGGACAAAAUAAUACACAAGAACUUCAAAACUACAAGAAAGAAAUUGCUCGCCUCAAGCAAAUGCUACAGGAAACCGGCGCACGGGGGGAUAGUGAAUUGGACCAAUGGCGAAAAGUGGUUGAGCAAGAGAAGAAUCGCGCCGAUCAGGCUGAAAAGGCAGCUAUUGAAUUACAGAAGAGAUUACAGGUCAUGGAACAACAAUUGAAACAACAGCUGCUGCAAAUGACAAAUAUGCAAAAACAAAUGACUCAACAACAGCAACAACAACAACAGCAGCAGCAACAGCAACCUCAACAACCGCAACAGCCACAAAUAAAUCCAAAAGAAAUGGAAAAACUACAAGAUGAGCUUAAAACUGCAGUCACUCAACGCGAUCAGUUCCAGAAUCAGCUCGAGUUAUUGGUACAGGAACUUGAGAAGAGUCAGGUGGAAGCCCAAGAAGCGGCUAAAAAGGCACAGCAGCAGCAACAGUCUCUACAACAAAUGCAGCAACAGAUACAGCAAUUGCAGCAACAAUUACAGCAGGCAACGCAAGCCGCUAAUCAAAAGGCAGCGCAGGCCGCAGGUAUUUCCGAGCAGGAUAGGAAACAAUUGGAAGCACAAAUGAAACAAAUUGAAGACGCCACUCGACUUUUGGAGAGUGAACGUAAAACGUUUGAAGACCAACGUAAGGUAAUCGAGAACAAGCGCAAAGAGCUAGAGGAAAAGGAAAAGAAUCUCAUUGACUUUGACAAGCAGUUGAAGAAGCGAAAGGAGCAAAUGGAUCAACUGGAGAAGUCGCUUCAAAAGGCUGGUGGAACAGCAGCAGCCGCUGGAGAGCUUAACAAACAGUUAACAGAAACACAACAACACCUUGAUAAGGCAACCAAAGAUCUUGAAGAAGCGAAGGAAGACGCCAAACGAUCUGCCGCUGAAACCGAGCGAUUACUACAACUGGUACAAAUGACGCAGGAAGAACAGAACCAGAAAGAAAAAACAAUCAUGGAUUUACAACAAGCUUUAAAGAAUGCUCAAGCAAAACUGAAGACAGCACAAUCACAACAGCAAGACGCUGGACCAGCCGGUUUCCUGAAAAGCUUCUUUUAAAACAAUCGAUUACAUGUUUGCACUGUGGAUAAUUGACAGCUGAGCCCUUAACUCUAAACGGGGAGCUGAUUCCGGUGGUCCGGAUUUCUCACAACCUGGCUUGACAGUUGCGAACUGUUUUGGAUCACCUAUAGAAGUCGCUGUUGGCAAAUACUGGCACCUAGUCUUCUAUCUAUUGGUUCACGCAUAAAUAGUUUUUUCCACAAGCAAUAAGGCAUCUGUAUAAAGUCUCGUGGAGGCAAUUGGAUUCAACGAGACAAUUGUUACAAAAACAGCAAGAACAAAACUAUAUACAAACAAUGCUGCCAUAUUGAAAUACACUAAGGAAAAUGUUAGAUAAACUACACAAACGUGAUAUUUACCUAUGCUAAAUACGAAAUACUUUAAGCAGCGCAAGAGAAUUCGAAUCAGAAAAUGGGAUCCAGUUGAAUAAGUCAUCCGUGCGGAGAUUAUGUACAUUUUCUCAAGAAAAUGUUUACUAUUAUAGCUAAGCGCAAUUCUCAUUGGUUAAUUAUGUUGCAAGCGACUUUGCAUUCGCAAAAUUUAAAAUUGGAACUACGUUAAAAAUAUACCGUUUUAUUUAUCUAACAACAAAGAUAAGUAUCACACCUAAAAUACUAUCACGAAGUAUGACCAUAGGAUACAAUUCCAAAUGCUGAUUAUUAAUUCUCCAGUAUUAGCUGAGCUAGUCUACCAAUGUUUACAAUCCCACUUAUUGAGAGACAAAUCCAACAUCCAUAUGAUAGUAGUAUUUUUAGUUUUGUGUUUACAAAAACAUCAGAAAUAAAUCCCUAUGUUAACCUUUGCUAGAGUUCAUUGACACAUUCCGAUAAAAUCACUACUUUUUAGCGCUGCACUGUUCUAAUCAAUUAUCGAUGCACUAAAUAGUGAGAAACGUCACUUGCGUAUCGAAAACUGCUAGAGCUCGUGUGAACAGAGCUAACAUAAUAUAGACAAUAAUUUAGUGAUGCACUGUAAUAUAACAAUACACGUCAUAUGGAGGCAGGUUACGUACUUGCUAACUGCAGUAAAUCGCUAAAAAAGUCAAAAAUUUUAGAAUCAGAAGCUUCGGUUGACAAAAAAAAACUACAACAACAACAGUAAAACAAUGAACCAACAGUAUUGUAUUUCUCGGUAUUGCCACAAUCACUUCCACCGAUACCGGCGGAACUAGAUGUUUCCAACCUAUUUCGUUCAUUAUGCAGGAUAUCUUAUUGUCAUUUUUCCAUACAAUCCAUUUUACUUGGCUAAACCAAUGUCCAAACUUUGACAAAUUCACAAGAAAUCAUGAUAUGCUUGAUAAGGUGCACGCAACUUGUUGAUGAAAUCAGCUUCAAUGGUAAGAAAACAACACUAUUCACUAAACUCUAAUCCUUCUCACGAUUCUAUACGCGUCACUCUGCACGAUAUUUUACUAUCUGUAUCUUUCUCGAGUACAUUUCCAUACAUUGUUUUACGAUUUCCAAAUCAACAGCAAAACUAAACAAAAAAAAAAGGUCAAAACAUGUAAGUACGUGUAUUAUUUAUGUCUAUCGAUCAUAGAGUUAGUGAAAUUGUGAAAACACUACCAACGCAACUGGAUUGAAAAAACACAAAAUAUGAUAUAUACUGAUUACGCAAUAUUUUAAAAAGGCGAAAUAUACAUGAACAAAAAAAAGCGGUUAUUGAUUAAACACUAUUAAAACCAAAACCCUUUAUACAAACUCACACAUUACAAUUUAAAAUAUAAAAUACGAGGAAAUACAAGAUUACGUCGUUGAUGAAUAUUUUGUUGACAAACGAAACUCAUGCUGUUAUCGAAUAGAGUAAAUUUUAUUAGGUUCACAUUAUACGGUUUGUGCAAAGUAGCAUCUUAGCGUGUAUUUACAGACAAGUUGGUUUCGAAAAAUCUCAUUUUGUGAAAUCACAUUCUAGUGUAAAAUAUUAUGAAUUCAGAGAUGCACAAACACAUCUAAAACGAUCAUAUUCCCAACUCCAAACAUUUGUUGUUUCAUCAGGUUAAAUAUUUCACAAACUCCAUUAAAGACUUUUCCGAAGAAGCGAUUAGACUUUAAUGAAAGUCAGUAUUCUGAUUUGAACAUCCUAGAUUGAUGAACUGAACAAUGUACCUUUGAUCGUAUGAAAUAUUGCAUCUAUUUACAUUCCAAGUCCAGCUGCUAACGCAGCAAAUUUAUUUUUUAAUCACACUGAACUGUUGUUGUCAUGUGAAGUUUUGAAAUCCGUUUUUAUUUUCAUAAUUGAUCUUCAAGUUUAUUUUAAUCAUAUGCCAUCUAUAACUAUGAAUUUGAAACAGCUUAAAGACAUGUCAAAGUCACCUGAAAUACUUCCUGACUUAAACAAAAUUGAAUCAUAUUUGUCCAUUAUAGAAGCGAACAUUUAAUGAACAAAAGUGUCAAAAUAAAAAAAAUCGAAAAGUAAAAUUUCCAAUGUGAAUUGGACAAAAACGACUCGAUGGAUUUAGACGUUAUUCUUUUUAGUUACUUUUAACAAAUUUUUCUUUUGUUAUCCUCUUUCGAUUUUUUUUAAAUCCCGAAAUUACAGUUAAAGAUAUUUUUUAAAUAUAAUUUUCCUUUUGUAUUCGAGAUUUUUUCAAAUUUUCGAUCUAAUUGACUCGUUUUUUCGGUUUUUUGUAAUAUAGUUUGUUUGCAAGUUUGUUGCAUGAAUAGCUUUGGUCGAAUUUGUUUCAAAUUAUUGAAAAUUUGGAAUAUUUUUAAAUUAUCCCUCCCCCCAUCCUCGAAAUGUUUAAUCUCCAAGUGACGAAAAAAAGAUUUUAAAUUUGUUUCGGCUUUGUUGAUUAUAAUAAUUCAAAAUAUAACCGAAAAAAAACAAAUUCAAAAUAAUAGUUUAAAAUAAAUAAAGAAAAACAAUUCACAAUUUCGCAUGGUGGUUUGAUGCCCUUGAUGCAAAACAGUAAAUUCAGAAAUGACUAACAAAAAUGUUUUACAAAUGUUUCAGGUGCCGUUAUCUACUUUGAAUUAAUUUUAAGCUUUGAAUCUUACGAAUUUUAUGUAGACGCAUUUUAAAAAUUAUUGUAAAAUUGUUUAGCUAUAUACUAUGACUUCCCGGUACUAUGUGUAAUUUGUUCAAAUCAUGAACUGAAAAUUAUGCUUGUCAACUUGUUCGAAUAAAUUGGUCUCUGGUUUUUAAAGUGCCUUAUAGCCUUCAUUAAAGCACAAAUCGGCUUACGUCUAUUACUUUGUGUAUUAUUUUUCCAAAGCAAUUCUUAUUAUUCUUUAUUUCGCUUUUGCUCAAAUAUUACAGUUACGUAAAGUUACACGCAUAAUUUCAUACCUGGCAGUUGUUUAUACUCAUAAUACUUAUAUACUGAAUGGCAUAUUGUCAAUAUUAAAAUUAUGUAUCCAGGUUAAAUUAAAUACCUCCAAAUUCACCUUGCUUAUAAAUAUAAUAAUUUGCAGGGAAUUUGAAGUUGGUUUAUUUAUUCGAGAUUUUUUUUUCUUAUCGAACCUAUUUUUUCUGCAUGAAAGAGCGUCAAACAAUUAGACACUGUUAAAAAUAAGCACGGUUAUGUUCUGUUUUUGCAAGAUAUUUUUGGGAUGAAACUUUGAUUUAAAGCAUGUUUUGAUCGUUCAAAUGUACGUUCAUUACUGAACCCAAGUUCAUAAGUUCAAAUAGAACAGUCUAGUAAACAUACCACUAAAAUAACACACUCUUUCAUUACUAGCCAAAAUUGGAAGAAAAUUGUAUCUUUUAAUACUAGAAAUCCCUUUUAUCAUACACGUUUGCUCAAAACGAAACGAAACAAAUCAAGAAAUGAAUCGAUCAUUUGGACCGGACAAAACAUGUUUGAAGGCAAGAUAUAACGAGAAUUUCAAUAUUCAUGAAAUAAUCGCAAUAGAAACGCGCGUAACAGAAUCUUGGAUAAAAAGGAAAUCGCGUUUCACCUUUCUCACUAAUUUUAUAUUUUAUUCCCAACUACAUACAAAUAAGUGGACAAUGGACCAUUACCUACAAAUAAAAAAUAUUAUAAACUAAUUAAAUAAAUGCAUUAUCAUUGAGAAUAAUCAAUCAGCGUCGUUCAUCAACGUCACGAAAUGUUCAACGUAUAGAUCGCGUCAAAUCGUUUAACGAAAGAUUUAAGGUAUUUAUUAUAAUUAAAUUUAAACUCAAAAACUCAAAUAACAGCAACAUUACUACAAAACAAUACCGGAGAACUGACUCAAGUUGAAAACAAAGUAAAAAAAAACAAAACAAUUAACUGUAGUAAGUGUAAGAUAACUUCGGAUCUAAAAAAAAAGCUAACAGAAGACACGUUUAUUUUCAUAGCGAUAACAUUUACAUAGAAUUUAAAUGAUUUGAUUUCAUUCACAUAUCUCGAAAAUCACGGUUAUAGUAUAAUAGUUUACGAUCGCGUUUAAAAAUCCAGCGAUUGGAGGGUAUUAUGAUGCAAAUAUUGCUAACUGUAAUUAAAUAUUAAGUAGUUAAACUAUCAAUAAUAAAUUCCAAACUUUAACGACCGUAUCAGCGAGAUAUCGAAGACAAGAGUUGAAACAAAGCAGAAAAUUUGGGCAUUGUAAUUGCAAAAAAAUAUAUAUAACAUCUGUAUAGAAUAGCGCAAUCUAUUGGAACAAAAAGUAGCACCAAAACCAGAGGUGGAGAAUAAUUCCCGGUUCCAUGCAAUCGAUUGGAAUCCUUUGGACAAAAACGUAAAACAUGAUGAAAUGAAUUGACGGAACGAGUGGAUGGUGUGUGCUCAUCAAUGAACACAAAACUUUGGGAUAAAUACUAUUUAGAGCAGGUGAUAAGAUAUACUCAUGCUCGAUUGUAAAUCAUAGAACCUGGAAACAAUCUGACCGAACGCUACUUUAUGUGUGCAAAUAGUUAAGCGAAAAUACAAAUGUUAUUACUAUUAAUGAUA